AUUGGCAAAUACGAAAGAAAGAUUGACUGUAUCAAGAGGAGGGAAUGCAGGGGCGGGCUGCUGUGCUAAGGGGAGGGGUAACUGAGGAUCAGAGCUCAUUGAUGACGCGACCCUCACGUGACAAACAGUCGACGUGUGCAGAAAUCCGUAUAGUCCAGGCCCGUUUCCCUGUGGCAGCUCCGUUUUGCUAGAGAAGAAGGAAAGUGCCCCGGAUCCUUUCAGGUAGUGUAAAGGAUUAAUUUGUUUGAAAAGAAAAUAAAAAAUACUCAACAUGCAAAAUUCUUGUGAAGAAAACGAAGGAAAACCAGAGAAUAUGCGAGAGGCAGAGGAACACCGCCCUUCAGAAGAUUCACCACAGGAGGCAGAUAGAAAUCCUCAGCCUUCUGAAGAAGGGAGAAGACGGGAAGCAGAGAGAAACCUUAGAGGAGGGCCUGCUCAAACUGGCCAGGAAUUUAAAGAGGACAUUCCAGUUAGGCAUUUGGACCCUGAAGAAAUGAUAAGAGGAGUAGAUGAGUUGGAAAGGCUUAGGGAAGAGAUAAGAAGAGUAAGGAACAAGUUUGUGAUGAUGCAUUGGAAACAAAGACAUUCACGCAGCCGUCCCUAUCCUGUGUGCUUCAGGCCUUGAAUUCUUUUUUGUGUGAUAUUAAAAUCUGGCCCUUGCUUUCUUCCUGGUAGCAUUUUCUGAUGUAUCUUUGACCUUUGUUUUACUUUUAAUUACCUGGUGGUAUUUUAUUUUAGGUAGUUUUCUUGUUACCAGCAUCUCAUUGGAUUUUGAAUUUUGGUUUAUUUUUCAAUUGGAAAGUUUCACACAUAUGCAUGGAAAUAUGUUCAAUCUGUUAUAUAGUGAAACAUGAUAGGUUACAAACAGCAUAUUUAAUAUCAGCUCACAUAUGUAGGAUAAAAUUCCAAAUUGUGUAUGCGUGCACGAUGUGUGUGUAUAUAUAUAUAUAUAUAUAUGUAUAUAUAUAUAUACACACACAUAUGUAUCUGAAACACUGAACCGUGCAAAUUUCUUUGUGGUGCAAAGUUUUGUUUUUGUUUUACUUUUUGCUUAUGUGUCUUUUUUUUAAUGAACAUGUAUCUCACCAUAUAGAAAGUUGAGAAUUUUUUUAUGAGAGUCAAAAGGUAAUUUGCAACCAGCUUAAGGGCAAUGGGGGCACUUAAACUCUUGAUGAAAGAACUAUAAGGAAGAAAUGUAAAUCUCAAAUUACCUCUGGAUCUCUUAGCCAGAGGAAUAAAACUGGCAAUUCUGAAAGAUA